UGGGAAACGACUCUAACAUCACGACUAGUCCACUUCUCAGUGUCAGGGCGACAAGCUGGCACACCCCACGAAUAUGCCAUCAAAAAAAGGGUCCAAGGCAGGUCCCGAAUGAAAGCUUUCAGGUCUGAAGUUGAACUGCACUUGUGCUAAAAGGAGACAGUGUGGCCUCGGUCCAAGAUUCUUAACUACUCUUAGUCCCCCCCAAAGAGGCGUGAUACCGGGAAAGUGAUCCUGGCAGGAUCUGUUCCACCUGACGCUCGGGUCCCCAUCUCACAAGGUUGCUCAAGCAGGAUGAGGAGACUCUAGGGAUUUUGCUAGUCUCUAGAGAGAAAGUGUCGCCGGCGGAGGUUGUCCUAGCGUCCCCUCUGUUACCAGAGGCAUCUGGUUUAUUGAUUUCUUUGCGAUCCUUGGGCGGACGAAGCGAGAGUCUGCUCUGAUUCCCGGGCUCCAGGACCGAACACCUCGCUUGUCCGUUGAAAAUCAUGCCACCCAGGGCGCUCGGAUAGAAUACAGGGUGGGGAGACCUGAGAAAAAGCAUAGGGCAGGAGAGGGUGAGGGUAGCCAGCCGAAAGCAGAGCAGAACAGGCGGUUGCACUGGCCAAGGAGAAACCACAUCCAUCCUAAACUUUGGGAUAUCUGGGAGCCUGGCAAGAAUGAGCCAAGCGGGAGCAACAGCAGCCUCUCCACGCCGGCGUGCCCAGCUGUAGCAGGAGGUGCUGCACGCAGCGCGGGCUGGACGCGGGCGGUCCCCACGUCGCGCCCACCCGCCUGCCAAAGCGCCGCCGCACCGUUCGGGACACAGAGCGAGUGACCACAGAAACAGCCAGAUUGCGGGCUCCAGCCUUCACGGGAGCUCCGAGGAAGGGGGAUUCAACGCGGAUCGGAAAGGGAGAGAAGAUACUUGAUUUUGAAACCUUGCCUAUCUCUGUGUGGGUGGCAGGGUCUUGCCCUUGGGCGGCCUUGGGCACGCAAGCUGAAGUCAGGUAGACUCCGGAAGAAGUGAGCGCAGAGACUUUCACGGGCUAAGGAAGUCGAAUUUAAAAAGAAAUGUGGAAAGCAAUCCAGGGUGGCCACUGGAGCCCGGUAGCUUAAAAACCACCCGAUCCCCACUAGGAGGACGACAGUGACUGGCACUCGCGAAGACUCGGCGCUCCCGGGCAGCCGCUGGUCUGCGCGGAGGAGCCGCCUCCCCAGCGUGGGGCGCGCGUGCAAACGCCAACCGCGGCGGGCAGAAGGCGGCGAGAUGCGGCGAGCGGCCGCCGGACUGUCCCGGCUGGGGAAACUCUGGGGCUGCGCGGCUCGGUGCUGACCCAGGGCAGGUUCGAGGGGUGUGCCCGGCCCCGCCCGCCUCCGCCCCCUCCUGCGCCCCUCCCAGUGGCGGCGGCGCAUCCAGGGGCGGUGCGGAGCGCAGCGGCUCUGCUCAGCCGCCAGCUCCUGCGAGCUCCGCGGCUGCUCCGGGAAUUUACUUUGCUGCUUUUAACGUGUCUCUCUUUCUCAGACCGCUUCGAAUGGCUUUCGGUCUCUGGCCUGAUCGUUUCCUUUAACAGGAAAACUUUACUGCGCUUUCUUUUUCCCCUUCGAGGAGAGGAUUAAAAGUUCCACGAACUGGUGCCGCCCGUGCCGCUUGGGCGCUGGGAAGGUGUUCGCCGGAGGGGUUCCCAGUCCCACCAUGUGCACCAACAUAGUUUACGAGUGGCUGAAAGCGCUGCAGCUCCCGCAGUACGCGGAAUCCUUCGUGGAUAACGGCUAUGAUGACCUGGAGGUGUGCAAGCAGAUCGGAGAUCCGGACCUGGACGCUAUCGGGGUGCUGGCGCCCGCACACCGCCGACGCAUCCUGGAGGCCGUGCGCCGGCUGCGGGAGCAGGACGCUGCUGCCGCGGGCCUCUACUUCACACUGGAGCCGCAGCCCGCGUCGCCGGGGCCUCCAGCGGACGACAUGACCCCCUGCCGCCGGGGGGAGCCGUGCGGCGGCCCAGCCCAGGGUACCUGCGGAGACCCCCGCGGCCAGACGACCGCCCCCCGGAGUAGGGAGCUGGUGAGCUACCCCAAACUGAAGCUGAAGAUCAUGAUCAGGGAUAAACUCGUUCGAGAUGGCAUCCACCUGAGCAAGCCCCCUUACUCCCGAAAGGUCCCCAUGGCUGGCAUCCUAGAGUACUUAAUGAAUUGGCCGAAGUCGUCACAGAACCGCUAGAUAUCAUUUUUGAGAACUCGUGGAGGACUGAUGAGGUGCCUGAAGACUGGAAAAGGGCAUAUUUAGAAUCUUCUUUCAAAAAGGGAAAUGGAUGGUGACCCUGGAUAUACUCAUCAGCUUAACUUUUUGCUUGGAAAAAUUCUGGAAUAAUCAACUUAGGAAACUGGGUAACUGACUUUUAAGAGCCAGAAAUAAGGUAGUGAAAUAUCACAGAUCAAUUACUGAGUUCAUUUUUUAAAAGAACACACCAGCAUGAGACACAGUCUUAUGCACACACUGGGAUUUUCCCCUCCAUUCUGUCAAUUCUUCAUAAAAAUAGAUGGUGUUAGUUAAGGCAUUUGGGUAAAAAUUAUUUUAAGUGUAAUACAAAAAGUAGGUUUCUAAUCAUAAUCUUUAAUUAUAUCACUUCUAACUUUAAUCUUAAACAAUAGGCUUAAUUUGAUAUGUUAACAUACACCUUCUUUCACUUCUUGUAGGACCCUCUUUUCACUAAGUUGUGAUAUUUCAUAAUUCUAUAUAGAAUAUAUUGGUGAAGGAAUUCUUAUUUUAAGGUGCUUUAUAGUUACUUAAUAAGUACAGACGUAAAGCAAGUGAAUUAAGGAACAUAACCAAGGGAAGACAAUUUCUUAUGACUUCUCUUUUUAAAUCUGUUCUGGCUGAGGUUAGAUAUUCAGAUUAAAAAGAGUGUCAUGCUCUGACAUAUAUCGAGCAAGUGCCAAUUGUUUUGCUUCGGGGACCCCUGAAUUGCAGUGUCUUGGCCCACCUCCCUUCAUGGGCCUGUGGGUCUGGGGACAGAGACAAGGCAGUGGGCACGAACAGCCCUGCAGGAGAGGAGGUUGAGGAUCAGGGAAGAAAUUAAGGUGAAGCUGGAGUUUUUAUGAUUCCUAUUUUUUUUUCUUUGGGUGUUGGUAGUUUUAUUUUCUACUUAGAAAAUGCAAGCUUGUUGAUGGGACCAAAACUUAUUCAAAAGGAGGCUGUGGAAGAAGAUAGAGUAGUGGCUGGGAACUGUCAAGAUCCCCUAAGCAGUACCGUGUUCUUGCACUGUGUGGAAGUAUACAAGAGAGAUAAGUUUACAUCAACAUAGGACAAGAAUAGGAAACUCUUGGAGGAAAAGAGAUUUAAUGUUCAUCUCCUGGAGCAUACUGAUCCCCAGGAAUAGAUAGAUAAUUAAGAAGAGAUUAGGUCUCCAAGGACACUCCUAACACAAUACUAUUUUUUAAAAAAAAUAUAAGGUCUAAAUAGUUCAGCUACUUUUAGAGAUUAAUUUAGACACUAAGUAAAGGAUGUCUCACUCUUAAGUACAAAUAAAAGGAUAUUCUAAAAGUGUGUGUAGGUUGUCCUUUAAACUACACCUAGCUGUGGUUUUGUAAGGAUUAUAUACCAGUCAGCCUUUCAUCAAUUUUUGAAGUAGAGUCUUUAAAAUUUUCAAGCUGGGUUUAAUUAAGGGGUGGGGAGUCUAUAUUGAUUAUUGAUAUAAUUUAUUGUGAUAGUAAAUGGCUUCCUGUUUCAGACCUCAUUUCCAGGUGCAGCAUCUGUGGCAGAUUUAUUUCACAGAUGUGCAUUUGCAUGUAGCUCUUGGACUGUGGCUGCACAGGACUUGAUUUCUGAAACGUCUAUUAUUUUCACUGUGGGCAUUAUGAAGCAGUCCCCUACAACCACCCAAGUCAAAAAAGGCUCUUGGUCAUUUCAAGUUUGAUUUUUUUUUUAUUUGAGUAAUGACUGACUUCAAUUAUUUUGCCAAAGUUAAAUCCUUUCUCUGAGUCUGCUGUUGAAAUUUGAAAAUAUUUAAUACUCUACCUAAAUUAAGAGUCACAGUUUAGAACCAUGAAAUAGCCAAGAGAUUUUAAAGACUUCUUAGUUAAAGCUAUAGGAAGAAAAUUUUUAAAUAAUAAGAGAAAUAUUGAGGGACGCCUUCUUUGCAUUAAAUAAUAUGAGGUCUAAUAUAAGAGAAAGGAAUUAUUCUUACCAAAAAUAGUAUCUGGAGAUGAUUAUUCUUAAGAUGAAUUCUUCAUGUUUUUUAUUCAGUUUAUUUAAACACUAACGAUCAUUUUGAGUUUUGAGUGUAAAGGAAGUAGCAAUUCACUAAGGAGAAAAUAUAUUAUCAAGACUAAAGGGCAAUCUUGAUUUAUAUUUUCUAUAACACCAAGAGAGAUUUAAGUACAGACUGUUUUUAUCACAUUGAGGAAUUUGGAGGAUUGUAACACAUUGUUUUUUUUCGGUUCAUCUUAAAAUUUGAGGGGUAUGAAAGAUUUUAUUCACAUAAAAGAUUUCUUGGCAUAGGGAUACAUACCUUUAAGGGCUCUUUCCUCACCAGAGGGAGAGCUGAGCCAACAAUCUUGGGAAAAACUGGAUGUGUAGCAACAAAAGUAGUUUCUCCGUUCAGAGAACUCAGGCAUUUUCUCGGUCCAGAGAAAUCUCCUGCAUGUUGCUGCUAUGACGUGAACACAGGAGGCAUUGAGUUUUCACUUUGGAGUUACUCAGAUCUCAGUUCAGAUUCUAGAGUUUACCUAAUGGUGUUUUCCCAUGAUGAACCUGUUAAGAGCAUAAGCUGUAGUGUAGCUUGGGAAAGGAUCUUGAGUGGUGAGGACAUUACUAAAGCUUCUUUUCCCUUGUUCAUAAAAUGGGAGAAAUAAAUACAGUGCCUCCUACAGUUCUUAAGAGGCUCAAGACCUCUACGACUUAUACCCACUUGUAGCUCUUGGUCCAGGAUUGGCAUGAAAUAGGUGCCGACUCCUGACUCCCUUUCCUUCCUGACUUUCUGUAAUUUCCUCUUCUGUGGAACAGAUUACUUUAAAACUGAGUAGAGAACUCAAGUGUAAAUUGACAUGCUCAUCUGCUGCUGUAGCCCACAGCAUAAAGAUCUCUUUUGCUUUCUUUUUUGGAGACAUGAAAAAAAGACUACUGUGUUUGCUCAUGGUAGGAGUUCAGUAAAUGUUUAGUGAUUGAAUGAAAAGAAUAUGAUGUUUAAAAAACAAUCCUCAGAUUCACCAAGGCCAGCACUUUCAAUUCUGGGGAAAUAAUCACAUAGACACGUGAAGGGCUUUCAUUACCUCGAUGUUUCUUGUAGCAUCUUCAGGUUUAAAAAUUUGGAGUGUAAAUAAAUGAGUGGCAGAUGUGCAGUUUCCAGUUUCCUCUGAUUUUAUGACUGGGGUUUAUAAAGGAGGAGUGCAAAUGGGCAUCACCCCCAAAGCUUCUUCUGGGAUGCACCCAGCCAAGAGAUAAGGCUGAUAAUGGUGGAUCAGCAAACCCUUCUCUAUGGGAAGAGAAACCAGCUCAACCAGGGACUGGGAACUACCUGUCUGAGGACUGAGAUCGGCAUGUCUGAAUUUUUCUAUUACAAGGCUGAGUGCUGUAAAUGGAUCCCUGAAUAAGAGACUGAAGAAGAACAAAAAGAGAUUUAAGAUAAUAAAGUUCUUAGACAAAAUAUUUGACUUAAAUAAUCCCUUACAUGUAAUAAUGAGGUAUCAAAAUAUGUCCAGGGAGCUGGAAGAUUUCAAAAUUUCAAAGUAAAUAAGUGAUAAAGAAUAGAAUAUUUUACCCAGGGACAUGUGAGAAAUGAGUGUGAACCUAAUCCUAAAUGACCAAUUCUCAAUUGCAACCAAGUGCCAGGUAUCAGAAAAUUCUUAAAUAAGAUUAACUGAUGAUAACUUAGAAAAAAAAACUGCAUAGGUUCACACAUAGAUGCUUUACUAAAUAAAAAAAAAUUCAGAGCAAAUCAAAUUAAGCUUAUUUUAGAAUUUUCAAAUUUUAUUCUGAUCUUUCCCAAUAUCCCCACAUCAGACAUUUACACUAUUCGAUUCUUUGAUUUAAAACUCCUUUGCAGCUUUACCUUAUUAAUCUCUAAUAAAAUAAAAUCAAAUAAUUUUCUAGUCCAUGAUUAGAAAUAUUUCUAUAUCACUCUUUUGGAUGUUUCCAUAAAAGGCAAAAGGGGAAAAGAUGUAGUUUAGAAAAAUGAACAGCCCUACUUUCUUUUUUUACUUAUUGAAUGAAAGUAAAACAGGAAAGUGAUGUUUAAAUAGUUUAAAUUCUAGAGAUGUUUUAUUUUUCAUUAUUUUUGUUACAAGAUACCUUUUUAGAGGAAAACAAGUAGUUAAAAUCUCCACAUUGAGAACUGGUGGUUGGUUUUUGUUUUAUAGUUCUGCCCCCAGAAUUUGUUCCACUGUACCAAAAGGAAAUAAGGCAAAUUUUAAACAUUAAUAUGGGAAAUGUUUUCUAUAGAUUAUAUUCAGUAUCCUGCCCUUUUUUAGAUGAAUUUUCCUUAUUAUUCUACAAAUGAAAUGCUGUGUGGACAAUCUCAAGGACAAACUGGUAUAUUGAGGGAGACAAAUGUCAGACGUUUUCCUGUUUAUCACAGUUGUGGCCCUGUUUCCUAAGCUUAAGAAUAUUCUGAGAUGCAGUUUGGGUUACUAAAGCCAUUAUUCAUUGAAAAGUUCUGGCUAUACAGAAGUAUCUGCGGGGCCGGAACAAUCAACUUGUGUAUAUCUAAAUAGCCAAGCACAGAUUUGUUCUAAUUGAAAGCUACCAUUUGGUUUUAUAAACACACUUUUUUUCUUCCCCUUUUCAGUUACAUCUUUUUAAAGGGCUAUAUGUGAAGACUCCAUGAGAAGCCUAAUUGGAACGUCGUUAUGAACCAUGUAAUGUAACCCGCACAGCUCUGUCAUUUGCAAACAUAUGUCUACUUUUCAAUAAAUGUUAUGGCUGCACAGCA